AUGCAAUUGCACGCUUUACACUAUAUACCACCACCACCGCAUCACCCGCACUAUCCUUCUGCUCCUCCACAUGUGCACUCGCGCUACUACAUGCCUACUCAAUGGCAGCAAUCCACCUAUGCGCCCAGAAGAUCAUCUUCACUGUCCUCUCAAUCCACGCAUUGCAAAAGAAAGAAAUCUCUUAUAAGUCCAGCGCAUGAAAAUCGAUUGCAACAGGAGCCAUUUUCAGUGAUCAGAAGCUUCAAAUCAACAGUGCAUUGGAUAUCCAAGACAUUUUGCUUCUGUUACAAUGAUGAUAUCAUUGAAUUCAACGAUCACUAUUACAAAAAGGAUGAAAAAUCAAGUUGA